AUGGCGGAACGUAGGAAAAGCAGGAAGCGCAAAGAUGUAAGCAUCGCAUAUGGGUGCAAUUAUCGCAAUAUUAUUCGACAGUACAUGUGAAUUAUGGUGUUUAUUUGGUGACUGAAAUUAUAAUAUUUGAUUUUAUGUUAGAUUCAUUUUGUUUUACCAGUUCAAAGCACAUGUCAGUAUGAAUAAGUAUUGCAACCUAGUCCAACGGUGACGUAGCAAACAACUAAUUUUCACAUUGUUCAAAAUUCAUGAAUUAAUUUUAAUUAUAUAAUUAAUUUACCAUCUAGUAAAUUACUUUCUUUCGGUUUUCAUGGAAAUUUAUUAUUUAUCCUAAAUGGUUUCUUCAUAUAGAAAUUUGACGGUUAUUUUAAUUGUAUAUAAUUCCGGUAAAUUUCGGUUACCAUCUGUACCGCCUAAACUUUGAAUGUUUUGUUUCUUUUGUAUGACGUAAAGAAUUACAAUUGAAUUCAACGUUUCAUAUAAUUUUCAAUGUGUAAUAAAGAAAAGAAUAAAUAUCAAGUUUUAUAAUUUAUAUGUAAUAAUGAAACAUUCACAAAAUAUUAUGAAAAUGAUUAAGAAUUAAUCUUUUGUAGCAGGAAAUAUCAAACAUAGAUAAUGAAGUCGUUCAAGAAAAGCCAUCUAAGGAAGAAUAUGCAGUAGCUAAAUGGAUUCGUAACAAUGUACCCUCAAAAAAAACAAAAUUUGACAGAAAUCACAAUGUCGAAUAUUUUACUGGCAGUCGUGCAGUGGAUGCUUUAUUGGAAAAUUCACCAUGGAGUAAAACUAGAUUUGAAACACGUGAACAGGUUACAGAAUUCCUUGAUUUGAUGUUAAGACAUAAAUUCUUCCAUCGAGCAAAAAAGGUGGUGAUUUCCGAAGAAGAACUAUGUAAAAUACGUGGAAUAAAAAAAAAAGUUAAAGAAAUAAAAAAGGAUAAGAAAUCUAUUGAAAAAGAAAAGGAAGAAGUUAAAGAAAAUAAAGAUGCAACAGGUGAAAAUGAAGAUAAAGCUGAAGAAAAGAAGAAAAAACCAAAAGUACGUUUGGAAAUGCAUAUGGAACAGUAUUUUGUUGACUGCAACGAUGCUUAUGUCUGGAUAUAUGAGCCAAUUCCCAUAUACUACUGGUUCUUUGGAACACUUGUAGUUUUAGGUGCAAUUGGUGUUUGUCUCUUCCCAUUGUGGCCAUUAACAAUCCGUCAUGGUGUAUAUUAUAUAAGUGUUGCAGCUGCUGGAUUCCUUGUAUUUAUUUUGGCAUUAGCAAUCAUUAGACUAAUUGUAUUUUGCCUUCUGUGGGUUCCAACACUUGGUAGAUGUCAUCUUUGGCUUUUGCCCAAUUUAACUGCAGAUGUUGGAUUCUUUGCUUCAUUUUGGCCACUUUAUCAAUACGAAUAUUAUGGUUCUACGUCUGAAAGUGACAAAAAAGUUAGUAAAAAGAAGAAAAAGAAAGAAAAAGACUCUGAUUCUGAAGAAACGCCAUCAACACAAUUAGAAGAGAAACCUAGUAUUAAAGAAUUAUCUAAGAAACAUACUCAAAUCGAAGAAAUUUCCCCUAGUGAAGAAAACAAGCUCCCUUCAUCUGAAUUGAUAGAGGGAGAAGAGGGUAGCGAAGGUUCAGAAAGUGAAAAAUCUAAUACAGGUCGAGAUUUUGUGAUGGUUUAGAACAGGAAUUGGCAAUAAAUAGUUUUGUUUAUCUUUAAUAUCACAUUAAUCAAUCAAUGAUCGAAUCUUGUCAAUUCUGAUUAAAUCUUAUACAAAUUCGUAACAUAACUAUUUAUUAACUGAAAACUUUUGGAUGACGUAAAACAUGUUUAUUUUGUGAAAAAAAUCUGAUUUUGAACGUUGUCAAAAGCAAAAAUGAAGAUGCAGUAUAUAAAAAGAAGUAUGAUACAUAAAUUUAGUAAGCUUAAUCCAUUUAUUGUUUACGCUAAUGUGUAUCUUUGCAUUUUUUGCAUUUAGUAUAUUACAACCAACUGAACAAGGGAAAUUGCAUCUGUAUCUUACGUAAAAGAAAUUUUUGUGAAUUGUAAUGUAAGAAUACCAAUCUUGAGAUUCCAGUUAAAUAUGUAUUUUUAUUUAAAUUAUUAUUAAUCAACAUUUAUUUAUAUGUGUUUACAGUUUUACUUACAAGAAUUAUUUCACAAAAAUGUAUAACUACAUUAAUGCAGGUGCCUGAGGUUUGCCCAAAUCGAUUAAAAAUUGUUUGUGAUAUUUUAUAUCGUAAAACAGUAAAAAUGAAUAUUGAAUUUCAAUAAUACAAUUUUCUCAGGUCCCAAAACUGUACAGUGCUUGAUAAAUAGAAUCUCCAAGGACAAGACUAUAAAAUUCUUUUAAUCAACUGUUACUCUAUCAGCGAAUUUGUUUUUAGCAGAGCCAAGACUUGAUCUUUCACAUUUCAUACAAAUUGUAAUUUAUAUUUUUAUGUAAAAAUUCCAAUGAUAAUAAUUAUUGCUAUUAUUAUUAUAACUAUUAUUAUUAUAUUACUAUUGCGAAAUAAUCAUCUUGAUCAUUGUAGAUGCGUGAAUCGUGACUGUAGCUGUGUAUAUAUAUAUGUACAUAUAUGUAUAUGUAUAUAUACGUGUAUAUAUAUAUAUGUAUAU